AGGAAGGCAAGAAUGAUUCUUUAAGUUCCUUGUUUGUGUUGAGUCGAACGAGCUUGCUGGGUUUGUAUUAGUCUUCUAUAGGGAAGAGUAUAUAUAUGCUUCACGCCCAAUUGUAAUGGCUGCAAUUAAGUUUUCCAGAUUGACAAGAUCACUCAACCCAUCUUUAAAUUUUGCGAAUGUCGUUGGUAUUAGAUCCUCAUCACCUGCUUGUCUGAGUCAUAAUUAUUGCCAUGCGAGCGAGUCACGUAGUCCUACCCGGAAUCAUGCUUCUAUAGGUUUUGGGGUAGUAGGUUUUAGCUCAUAUGUGAGUGGGUCAUUGAGCAGUUAUCCUUUAAGAGGUGUGUCUUUACUCUGGAGCAGUAGCCCUAUAUGGAGCAGCCGGUUGUAUUCAUCAUCUGUAGGUGGUGAAGGGGGUACUUCUGGAGACUCAGGUUCUGUCAUUUCAAGACUCAGUGGAUCUAAUAUGGCUGGUAUUGGUGGAUCUGAUAUGGGUGAGUGGGGUAUGAAGGCAAAAGAAGCCAUCCAAAGUCUUGGGAAUGCUGUGAGUUCCACAGGAGAGAAGGUCAGAGAUGCUUCCAGUGACAUAACACCUCACAUACAGCAAAUUCUUGAUGCCAAUCCACUUGAGAGAUGUUGUUGCUCCCGUUAGUGGUACUUUGGUGUGUACUUUACUGGCUUGGUUAGUGAUGCCAAGGUUUCUGAGGAGGUUUCAUAAGAUGUCAACAGAAGGGCCUGCUGCUUUGUUAUCUGAGAGCUCAAUAUUGAAGCCCGUACCUUAUGAAAAAAGCAUCUGGAGUGCUCUGGAAGACCCUGUUCGGUAUCUCAUCACUUUUAUGGCCUUUACCCAAAUGUUAGUAAAAUCUCUAUAUGCCC